AUGGCCUGGCGGCGUUCCUCCGUUGUGUGGCCGCGGCCCCCCGCUGGCGCCCACACCCCCCCGCCACCGCCGUCGCGGGGUGCUGCCGCGUUUGUUCGGGAUUUGGCGCGGCUGAAGCCCGAGGUUUCACCAUUCGAUUCAAAUCUGAAGAAAUAUCGCUAUCGGACCCGGGGGGCCAAGCUUGACGGCGGCGGUGGGUCUCCUAAAAGGGGCGCCUUCAGUGCAUUGAAACCCAUUUGGUUUGUCUGCCGGCGGGGGGGCCCGCCAAAAGCACCGCACCGAUCCCCCAGCGGGGGGCAAACGUGGCAUUUUUCACAGAAAAGAAGGGCGAUGAGUUUGCGCGGGGCCGCCGCCAAAUGCAUUGCGCUUCUGUGA